CGGCUCGCCCGCCUCACGUCCACUAGACCUAGCCCGCCGCACAGUCCGAUGACUCAGUCCUAGUUACAUUGCAGUGCAGUGCGAACGGUGGUGUAAUUACAUGUAGGAGAGCCAGUGGUGUGGUGUUUCUCUUGUCAUGUGGAGAGUGCGAUGGCGUUAGGCACCAUGACUCGGCGCCCACUACUGCUUCUCGCCUUGCUGGCGGCAGCGCUCGCUAACCAGCUCGAAGACAUUCCACAUAAUGAAGUCAAGAAUUGGGCACUGAAAUUCGGCGUCGACCUGUGGGAGUUCGGACGGCACUUCACAAAAAUGAAUCAAAUACAGAACAAAUACCACGAGUACAACGUGGAGGUGAUCCGAAAGGACGGCCUGCUUUUAGUCCGGGAGCUCGCUGCUGAAGUAAAGAACCACAUGGAUUUUAAAAUCAACGCUGUCAUGCGUAUCAUGGAUUCGGCGGAGGCGGCUGCGCUCUCAGCCGGCAGCAGCAGCACCGACGGCUUACCUGGCUCCUAUUACGACGCGCGAUGGUUAAAUGUUCACGCAGAUGACGGAACUCUAGCGGCGCGUGCACGUCGCCUUCUACUGUCACCAAGCAGACAUUUCGAUCACAUUGCCGUCAACUCCAGCUACAGCGCAGUACUUAUGCCACCUUACAUCAACACUGAAGAUAUUGAGGUACAAAACCAGAUAGCGUGGUCCGAGCAUUUGGAUCCUCUUUUUGUGAAUAAUUAUGAAAUUGAUCCAACACUCUCGUGGCAGUACUACGCCUCAUCUUCAGGAUUUAUGAGGCGGUACCCAGCAAUGUCUUGGCCACCCGAGGACGGCUAUUCGCACCACGCGCGCGAUUUCUACGACUUCAGGUCAUCGAAUUGGUUUGUCGAAGCCGCAACCUCGCCUAAAGACCUCGUGAUCCUAUUAGACGACUCUGAUGACAUCAGUUCGUCGUACCACCGUCUCGCCAAGGCUACCGUGUCUGCCCUCCUCGACACGCUCGGUCCAAACGACUUCGUCAAUGUUUACAGAUACAGUGAUACUGUAUCUGAGCUACAUCCUUGUUACACGAAAAUCUUAGCUCAGGCGGUACCUGAAACAAUACGAGAGUUGAAAAGCGCAGCGUGGGCCGCGGAGGCGUCGGGCGGCGCAGCCAAUCUGACCGGUGCUCUUACCACGGCCUUUGAGAUACUCCAUCGGUAUAAUCGUACUGGACAAGGUUGCCAAUGCAACCAGGCGAUCGCGGUGGUGGGUGCAGGGGGAGGUGCGGGUGGAGUGAAGGCUGUGUUCCGCACUUGGAACUGGCCGCAUAUGCCAGUGCGCAUCUUUACUUACCGAGUAGGGGGAGAUGCCGCAUCUGGACAUAAUAUGAAGGACAUGGCUUGCACUAACAAAGGUUUCCAUGUGACAAUAAAUGAUCACGGUGAGGUUCGUCGUAAAGUCUUGCACUUUGUGGAAGUGCUGGCACGUCCCAUGGUGAUGUACCAGACAAUACACCCAGUGCACUGGAGUCCCGUUUACGUUGGAGGCAGGAGUAGCAGCCUAGAUGACGACGGAAUGGGUCAGUUGAUGACGUCAGUCACAGUUCCUAUUUUCGACAGGAGAAACCGUACGCAAAGAGAAGCCAACUUACUCGGAGUAGUUGGUACUGAUGUUCCUGUCGAUCAAAUAAAGAAGCUCGUGCCACCAUAUAAGUUAGGAGUUAAUGGUUACUCGUUUAUGGUGGAUAACAACGGGCACGUUUUGUAUCACCCAGAUCUACGACCUUUGCACACUAAUGAGGAGUACACAGAAACACUACGACCUCUUUACUCCAGCGUCGACAUCACAGAUGUCGAACUCCUCGUUGAUUCCGAUGAGAAUUCGCGAGUCAAUCUUACUUCUCUACUUCUUGACCUACGACACGACAUGAUAGAGCAGCGCGAGGGAGAAACUGAGAUGGGGGUUAAGGUGCAGUACGAAGGAAUGCGACGCGUUGCAACGCGCAGACAGCGCUACUUUUACAGCCCAGUGGACGGCACGCCGUAUUCCCUGGCCGCCGUACUACCCGACGGAUACGGAAUGUACGAGCUGCAAGCCGAACAGGAAAUAAAGCAUAGUCCUAUAAAUGUAACAGAAUACUUUAAAGGCGAAAACUGGAAAGUUCAUCCCGAAUGGGUGUACUGCGAGUACGCGUCGACGUCGGAGCAGGCGUUCUCGUCGCCGGAGGAGCAGCUCGUGCACUUCCUGACGCGCGCGGGGCGGCCGGGCUGGAAGUGGAUGUCGCUGCGCCCGCGCGCGCUCACACUGCACAACGCGCACAAGAAGCAGGACCGGGACUCCUACUACUGUGAUAAAACAUUAAUGCAAUCGUUAGUACGUGACGCAAUGGUAAUAAAAGAGUUGGACGCACACACUGGACACGCGAGCCAUCACUCCCACCCGAUAGCGACAUUAAUGGCACUACUAACAAGACAAGGACGCUUUCACAAGUUCGUGGUGACUCUGUCUUUCAUCGCAACUAGAAGCGGCCUAUUAAAAUGGACUGAAAACAUUAAUACCUCAAGAUCAGCUGACUCCUCUGAACCGCAUUUUAGCGAAAAAUAUGCACGUGCUUAUGACUCGGAAUGGUAUCGACGCGCAGUAGAACAUCAUUCCAUUGAACCUGAGAGUUUCGUCUUCUCUGUUCCCUUUCGAGAUGGUUCUGAACCAGAAGAUUUUAGUGGAAAACCUCCUCUCGUGCUGGCCACUCACGCGGUGUUCGUGGAGUCCAGAGGACAUCGCGCACCGGCCGCUGUUGUUGGAUUACAUUUCCAAUUGGAUUCGCUUGCGAAACAUUUCUUGAACGUUACAUCGACGUGUACAGCAGGAAGCAUUUGCAAAAAAACAUGUGCUGGCGACGAACUAGACUGCUACAUUCUAGACGACAACGGCUUUAUAAUUUUAUCUGAAGACGCUUCGCAAACCGGACGAUUCUUCGGACAGGUGGAUGGAACGAUAAUGGACUCGCUCGUACAGGAUAGAAUCUACAAGAAAGUUACCGUACAUGACCACCAGGGUCGAUGCCCGGAUUCAAGAAACCCAUUUAGUGGUCACGGUAACAAGCUAACACCUAUGAAGCCGCUUUCCUGGCUAGGCGGAUACGUGGCUAAUUUGCUAGCAGUUUGGUACCCACUGUGGGAGACCGUACAGGCGCGUCCUCACGCUCACCCGGAAGAGGAAUUAGACUACGAGGAUUACGAAAACGAAGAAAUGGAACACGAGGACGACAUGGACCGCGACCGCGGCACAUACGAGAUCAUAAUCGACGGGCUGGGCGCGGCCGACCCGGCGGGCGGCGCGCAGCCCGUGAGCCCCGGCCCGCCGCGCGAGCCGCCGCGGGAGGCCGCGCGCUCCGCCGCCGUGCGUCCCUGCGACACCAGCGCUGAGCUCUUCACGCUACAGUCCACCCGCCUCAACGCCGCGCAGCCGCUCAAGGGCAAGCUCACCAACUGCCACAACUCCGGAUGCGAAAGGCCGUUCAGCGUGCAGAAGAUCCCGCACAGCAACCUGAUCCUGCUGGUGGUGGACACGCUGUGCCCGUGCGGCGCCAAGCGCCUGGACGUGCGCGCGCGCGAGGCGACCGCCCGCAGCGCGUGCCGCCGCCCCCCGCGCGCCCUGCCGCGCCGCCGCCCGCCCGUCUGCGUGUCCUAUCAUCCAGAGGAAAUUGAGAUACUAUCGUGCGGCCGCGGCGCUAUUGCACGUCCACUCACCGCCAUGUUCGCUACGCUCGUGCUGCGGCUCUUCUUGACUCUUGCAACGUGACUGUCCAAUAUCUAAACGUACCACCACUUAACUGACCGCAGGUCUCCAGACCGUCUGAAGCUUUCUACAAAACCAUAUCGAGUUCCAUAUCAAAAAUAAGAAUAAUUUUACCGAAUCGCCGUUUCGCGAAGUUUUUAAUCUGAAAGCUUCGCCAGUCACCGUACCGCAGUGUUCGCGUGGUUUGAGUGUGAAUGGACCGUUUGUAUGAACCUCUGUCGGGGCGCUCGCCGGAGCCGGGGGUGGAGGUGUAUUGAUAUAAUUAGAGUAACGUGAAGGAGCGCUCCAGCUUUCCGAGCGGGUGCCUUUCGUCGGCGCAUUUUGUAGGUGUUUGCGAGAUGUUUAAUGUUUUGACGAUUUUACAGACUGAAGUUUUGGUCCGACCAAGUGAACUUUUGAUCUUGUUUUGAGACAGGAUUAUCGAUUCGAACUAGGUUAAGAUAACGUUUAAAAUAUUUUCUCCUCUGUUAAGUUGUCAUUCUCGAUAUUGUAACUAUGAUGCGGUCGCAUACAUUAUAGGUAGGUAACUAAUGUCUUGUUAAAUUUAAUUGAGGAUUAUCACAAACUUGAAGAACUUAUAAA